AUGGUGAAGGAGAAUCAGGAUACUCAGCAGACAUUGGCUCAGCGUGCAAUGAAUAGUUCCUUGCUGACCAAAAAGUUUGAUAAGAAGGAAACUAAGAAGGUUGUUGAUAUCGAUCCAAUUAAUGAAGAGGAAGAGGUGCAGUCUGAUGCACCAAUUAUUGUUGAUGAGGCUCCUAGUGAAGAGAAAGUUGCUGAUAUUCCAAAAAGUUUGAAGGUGGCUGAUGAUAAGAGCAAGCAGCCUAAGAAGGAAGAGGCUAAGUUUGAGAAAUUGUAUAAUCAGCUGAAGAAGUCAUCUCUGAACUUUCCAUUCUUGGAUGCUGUCAAGGAGAUGCCCAGUUUUGCUACGUACUUGAAAGACCUGUUGACCAAGAAGAAUACGGUGCAAUAUGAAAGCAUGAGUUUGACUCACAGUGUGAGUUCCAUUAUUUCAGCAACUACUAUCCAGAAAAAGGGAGAUCUUGGGGCGUUCGCCGUUCCUUAUUCUAUCGGGUACCAUGAUUUUGCUUGUGUUCUAUGUGAUAAUGGGGCGAGUAUAAAUUUGUUGCCACUUUCUAUCUACAAGCAAUCAGGUUUGGGGAUGCCAAGACUGACUACUAUGAGAUUACAGAUGGCUGAUAGAUCUAUUAAGUGGCCGGUUGGCGUGGUUGAUGAUGUUCUUAUGCGGGUUGGUAAAUUUGUGUUACCCGCUGAUUUGUGA